ACGGCGGAGAGAUUGAUGUUGGGCAGCCCGUCGAACAACGGCGGCGUCCGAAUGCUGGCGCCGCCGGCCGCCGGCGACGAGCGGCGGGUGGAGUUCGUGGCGCUCACCGCCGUGCACACGGAACGCAGCGAGCCGUCCACCCCCGAGCGCGGCUUGCCGUCGCACCGCACCGGACUUCUGGGUACGCCGCUGCCCGGACCCCCGGGCCCCAGGGCCGGCGCGUCCCAGACAAGCAAGCGCUUCCGAAAGCUGCAGAACUACCUGUACAACAUCCUAGAGCGGCCCAGGGGGUGGGCGUUCAUAUACCACGUCUUCAUUUUUCUGCUGGUUUUCAGCUGCUUGGUGCUGUCUGUCUUCUCCACUAUCCCCGAACACCAAGGCGUUGCCAACCAGGGCCUCUUCAUACUCGAGUUUGUGAUGAUCGUGGUGUUCGGCCUGGAAUACUUCAUCCGAAUCUGGGCGGCGGGCUGCUGUUGCCGAUAUCGCGGCUGGCAGGGACGGCUGCGAUUCGCCCGCAAGCCCUUCUGCGUCAUCGAUUUCAUCGUGUUUGUGGCGUCGCUGGCCGUGAUCGCCGCGGGCACGCAGGGCAACAUCUUCGCAACGUCGGCGCUGCGUAGCAUGCGCUUUCUACAGAUCCUGCGCAUGGUACGCAUGGACCGGCGAGGAGGCACUUGGAAACUGCUGGGAUCGGUGGUCUAUGCUCACAGCAAGGAGCUGAUCACGGCGUGGUACAUCGGCUUCCUGGUGCUCAUUUUUGCCUCGUUCCUGGUCUACCUGGCCGAAAAGGACAACACGGACUUCAGCAACUAUGCAGACUCCCUCUGGUGGGGCAUUAUCACGUUGACCACGAUCGGUUACGGCGACAAAAUCCCUCGGACGUGGCAGGGUCGUCUCUUGGCGGCCGGCUUUGCUCUCCUCGGCGUUUCCUUCUUUGCCCUGCCUGCUGGAAUUCUUGGGUCAGGCUUUGCCUUAAAGGUUCAGGAGCAGCACAGACAGAAGCACUUUGAGAAGAGACGCAUGCCUGCCGCCAACCUAAUUCAGGCGGCGUGGCGUUUGUACUCCACUGACGCCAAACACUCGUACCUGACGGCCACCUGGUAUUUCUACGACAGCAUGCUGCCGUCUUUCAGAGAACUGACGCUACUGUUCAGUCACCUCCAGCGGCAGCGGAACGCCACCAAGAAGGCGGCGCCGCCGCCGCCGCCUUACAGCGCCAACUUCCACCACGCGCCGCUGUCAGGGCUGCGGCCCUACAGCGCCCCCUAUAUGUCGGGGGACAGGAGGCCGGAAGCGCCGCGCAGUCAAGUGCUCGCUAAAAAGCGAGGUCUCUUCCGGAUUCAUGCCGGACGCAAGCAGAGCAGUAAACUCGGUUUCCGGGACAGGAUCCGGAUGAACAACUCGCGCUCGGCCCAGGUGAUCCGGAACAAGGCCUCGCCCCAGGUGCCCGGUCAGGGCGUGAGGCGCUCGCCCAGCCAGGAGAACGUCCCCGAGGCGGCCAGCCCCGGCAAGGUGCAGAAGAGCUGGAGCUUCAAUGACCGCACUCGCUUCCGCACGUCACUCCGGCUCAAAACCAGGCCUCCUGUUGAAGUUGAGGGCCUGGGUGAAGAAAGCGUGGAGGAGAAAGGCUACUGCGACGUGGCCAUGGACGAGGUCAUCCCUGCUGUCAAGACGCUGAUCCGAGCUGUUAGGAUUUUGAAGUUCCUGGUGGCCAAGAGGAAGUUCAAGGAGACGCUGCGUCCGUACGACGUGAAGGACGUCAUCGAGCAAUACUCGGCCGGACACCUCGACAUGCUGGGCCGCAUCAAGAGCCUGCAGAUGCGGGUGGACCAGAUCAUCGGGCGAGGUGCCGUCCAGACCGAUAAGAAGGCGCGACCCGAAAAGGGUGAGAAGACCCCGCCGGAACUGGACUCUCUGGACGAGCUGAGCAUGAUGGGGCGCGUGGUCAAAGUGGAGAAACAGAUUCAGUCCAUCGAGAACAAGCUGGACCUGCUGCUCAACUUUUACUCGCAGUGCCUGAAGAAGGGCUCGUCGUCGCAGCUGGCGCUUUCGUCACUGCUUCUGGAUGCCGAACUAACAUCGGACUACCACAGCCCCACGGACCAAAGAGACCUCUUCCCCUCCGCCAACACGCUCUCACAAUCUGACAGCGCCACCUUGGAGUCAUAGCGAGACCUUUUUUUCCCUUAUUGGUUAGUGUUUUUUUAAAAAGCCUUCAGAGGGCUCCGCUGGACUGAGAGCCUCUCGUGCACGCCUCUUGAGGAUCAACACUAGCUUGCAAAUUUUGAGUCCCACUGAAUAGAUAACACACAGGUAUGGUCUCAAGGGUAUCAAAACAAAGGUACUUUUUAAUUUUUUUAAAAGGAUUUUAGGAUACUGUGAUGAAUGUAAGGCUCAUGGCCCACAGGCAAAAAAAAAAAUCACUUCAUGUUUGGCAUCAUGCACGCCAGAGCCAUGUUUACGUAUUUGCGGCAUUACGAGACGCGACUGGACGCGGCGUCGCCGAAGACAAUGUUGCAUGUUAUAGAAGAAAAGCUCGGCAAAAAACGGAGACGUGUGCCUUCUCUUGAAAGGUCCACACGGCCAUUAGAUUUUGUAAAUAGGACCUGUUCAAAUGAAGGAAGUGUAAAGACAUUUUUAAGCAAACGAAGCACCAAUUGACUGUUUCUACUGGUCAUAUUAUGUACACCUGCACUUUUUAAGUGUUGAGAUCCAGGAGAAUACUUUUAUCAUUGCAAAAUGCUCUAGCCUUUGAACGACUGCAAUAUGAAGCAAAUGUCAGAGAAUCACAAAAUUUGAAAAAAUAAGGUCUUAAUGAAACCUGUUUUUCAAAUUUGUAAUUAAAAAAAAAAAUAGCGCUCUAAUGUCUAUAACCCUCGCUAAAUCCUAUUUUUUUACCCUCAUGGAACCUGCAGAUGCAUGAGUUGACUUGCAUCCAUUAUUUUUUUAUUUUUUUUUUUUGAGGAGAGAUAUUUCAAAAUUCUGAAUUAGUCUCAAAAUCAUGAAUUUCUAAGUAUAUCAAAUGUGAUACAUUUGUCAAGAAAGGGCUAGUAGUUGAUAGAUCAUCCUCCUUUUUAACUUAACCCUUUAUGGGGCAAAUGUCUAAUUUUUAAGUAAUUAAAAAAACAAUUUAAAAGUUAUGUCGAUGAAUGUGGACAUUACACAUCUCAAUUACAAUUACAGUGCUGGCCAAAAGUAUUGGCAACCCUGCAAUUCUGUCAGAUAAUGCUCAAUUUCUCCAAGAAAAUGAUUGCAAUUACAAAUGCUUUGGUAGUAAUAUCUUCAUUUAUUUUGCUUGCAAUGAAAAAACACAAAAAAGAAUGGGGAAAAAAAUUAAAUCAUUAUCAUUUUAAACAAAACUCCCAAAGUAGGCCGGACUAAAGUAUUGGCACUCUCUGAAAAAUCAUGUGAUGCUUCUAUAAUUUGUGUAAUUAACACCAGAUGUUACUUACCUGUGGCACAUAACAGGUGGUGGCAAUAAUUAAAUCACAUUUGCAGCCAGUUAAAAUGGAUUAAAGAUGACUCAACCUCUGUCCUUUGUCCAUGUGUGUACCAAACUGAGCAUGGAGAAAAGAAAUAAGACCAAAAAAACUGUCCGAGAACUUGGGAAGCAAAAUUGUGAGGAUGCAUGGGCAAUCUCAAGGCUACAAGUCCAUCUCCAAAGACCUGAAUGUUCCCAGAUCUACAGUGCGCAAUGUCAUCAUAAGUGUAAAGCCCACCGCAAUGUGGCUAACCUCCCUAGAUGUGGACGGAAAAGAAAAAUUGACAAUAGAUUUCAACAAAAGAUUGUACGGAGGGUGAAUGAAGAACCUCGACAAACAUCCAAACAAGUUCAAACUGUAUUGCAGUCCGAGGGUACAACAGUGUCAACCCGUAGUAUCCAUCAGCGUCUGAAUGAAAAGGGACUCUUUACCCAGGAAGACCCCACUUCUGACCCAGACACAUUAAAAAAAGCCAAGCUGGAGUUUGCCGAAACUUACCUGAGAAAGCCAAAAAUGUUCUCUGGUCAGAUGAGACAAAAGUAUAGCUUUUUGGGAAAAGGCAUCAACAUUGAGUUUACAGGGAAAAAAACGAGGCCUUCAAAGAAAAGAACAGUCUCCACAGUCAAACAAGUUCCUUGAUGUUUUGGGGUUGCUUUGCUAGCUCUGGCACUGGACUGCUUGACCGUGUAUAUGGCAUUAUGAAGUCUGAAGAAUACCAACAAAUUUUGCGGCAUAAUGUAGGGCCCAGGGUGAGAAAGCUGGGUCUCGCUCAGAGGUCAUGGGUCUUCCAGCAGGACAAUGACUCAAAACACACUUCAAAAAGCACUAGAAAAUGCUUUGAGAGAAAGCAUUGGAGACUUCUAAAGUGGCCAGACCUGAAUCCCAUAGAACACCUGUGGAGAGAUCUGAAAAUGGCACAAAUGGCAAAGCAUUUGUAAUUGCAAUCAUUUUCUGGGAGAAAUUGAGCAUUAUCUGACAGAAUUGCAGGGGAGCCAAUACUUUUGGCCAGCACUGUAUAUAUGAUUGUUUUGUUUGUUUGUUCGAUUUUUAAACUCAUUGACUGCCAUUUAUGGCGGCAGACGUCCGAUCCAUUUUGACUGGGAGGGGCGGCAAAUUGGAUUGAGCGCCUGUCGCCGUCAAUGGCAGUGAAACAUGAUCACUCAUUGUCAGCCGUCCCAGUUGAAAUGGAUUUAAUGUCAAUCACUGUCAGCGGCAGCGAAUGAGUAAAUGUAUUUACUAGGGAUGUCCCGAUCGCGUAUUUUCGAAUAUAUCUCAAAGGCUGAGCCCGGCCACUCUGCGAAGGAAACUCAUUUCAGCUGCUUGUAUCCGCGAUCUUGUUCUUUUGGUCAUUACCCAAAGUUCAGGGCCAUAGGUGAGGGUAGGAAGGUAGAUUGACCAGUAAAUCCGUCACCACGACAGACUAGUUAAGCGCUGGGGAAGCCGCCCAAAUCCGCCUUGUCAAUCUCAUACUCCGACCUACCCUCACUCGUGAACAAGAUCCCAAGAUACUUCAACUCCUCCACCUGCAGCAGGAACUCACCCCUUACCUGGAGCGAGCCAUCCACUCUUUUCCGGCUGACAACCAUGGCCUCAGACUUGGAGGUGCUGUUUCGCACCCCAGCCGCUUCACGUUCGGCUGCGAACUGUCGUAUCCUGAAACGUCUUUUAUGACAAGAGGCAAUAUUUUCCAGUUUGAGGCAUGUCGUAACAUGAAAAUACUGUACGUAUAGACGUUUGUAUGGUAAGCUACCACUGUUAUUUUUUAAAUUAAAAACCUAAGCCUUUUCACCCGCUUCUAAUCCUCUGAAAAAAAUGGCGUGAUCGGCCCGAUUUCCGAUCACGUGAUCGGAUCGGGACAUCCCUGGUAUUGACUGUAAUUCAUUGCCUGCCGUUGACAACGAUAUACGUCCAAUCUGUUUAGACUGGGAGAGUCUGGCAGCCAAAGAUCGGAGUGUUGUCAAAAAUGGGUGAAUGAAUUUUUUUUUUAAAAGUCUCUGCAAGUCACCAAUUAAUUACAUAACAUACCCAAAGUAAGUUUAACUUCUCAUCUUAUCAAAUAAAUUAUUUUAAAUGAUUUUUUAAGUACGAAGGCCUCCACUGAAUUAAACACCUCUCACCUCCAAUAAAUCCUUGUUGAUCUCUAGUACCCCUAGUGACCAUUUCAUAUUAUUACUGUAUAUUUGGAAUCAUUAAAAAGAAAAAAAUCCCUACCUCGUAAAUAUUUUUGACUAUAUACGUCAUUGGAUCUCAACAUUUUAUUGUAAAGGUGUGCUUAAUCUGCAGCGAGAACGAAAAUUGGUAUUUGCCUUUUGGCAAAAAGGAUUUUGCCACGUGGCAUUUUUUUUUUUUUUUACAUGUGGCAAUAUUGAUUUUGCCUUGUAGAAUUUUUUUUGCCAUGGGGCAAAAUGGAUUUUGCCAUGUGGCAUUUUUUUAACGAGAGGCAAUAUGGAUUUUGGCAUGUGGCUUUUUUUUUUUUUUUUUUGCCAUGUGGCAAAAUGGAUUUUGCCAUGUGGAAUUUUUUUUUUACAAGUGGCAAUAUGGAUUUUGCAAAGUGGCAUUUUUUUUGCCAUGUGGCAAAAUGGAUUUUGCCAUGCGGCAUUUUUUUUCAUAUGUGGCAAUAUUUGCCAUGAGGCAUUUUUUCUUUUCCAUGUGACAAUUUUUUUGCCAUUGUGCACAGUGGAUUUUGCCAUGUGGCAUGUUUUUUGCCAUGUUGCAAAAUGGAUUUUGACAUGUGGCAUUUUUUUUUUUUUUUACAAGUGGCAAUAUGUAUUUUAGUUUGUGGCUUUUCUUUCUUCUUUUUUUUAAAUUGGUAUUUGGCAUUUUUGGGGGUGCAUGGCAGUUAUGCAGGCCAUGCACAUCCAUGCCAUUGACGGCCAUUCAUAUUAAAUAGCAGAAAAACGUGUGGCUGUGAUUUUUGACCAUACACUUACAGUGCAUUGACAUUCAACUGGAAACCAAUUUAGGUUAUGCCACUGACGGCUAUGCACGUCCAAAUUUUCCAUUCAUAUCAAAUGGCAGGAAAAACAUGUGUGGCUGUGAUUUUGUACCGAAAAAAAAAAAAAAAAAAAAGCCACAAACCAAAAUCCAUUUUGCCACAUACCAAAACAAUGCCACAUGUCAAAAUACAUUUUGCACAUUGGAAAAAAAAAUGCUACAUGACAAAAUCCAUUUUGCUACAUGGCAAAAAAAACUGCCACACGACAAAA